ACAGAUGGGCGUUGAUUGGUCGGUCGGACUGGACGUACGGGCCCGCUCCGGAGCUUCUGCCGUCACCCCGUCAUCAGACGUGUGCUCCGGGGGGGAGGGACGCUUUGCUGACUCAACGGGCUGAUCUCUCCACAUUCUCCCCGGCUCUCUCCCCCCCGCCCCCCACCGCCACUCGGUCACAUCAGAUGCACUCUGCAGAUCUUGCCGCUGCUGCUCAGAUGAGAUAAGCGUCCUCUUCGUGCUGCAGGAGAAGGAAGACGCGAGAGCUGGCUGGGAAGAAAACGUCGGAUUUAAAGGAUUAUUUAUUUGGGCUAUUUUUGGGCUGCUGCACCCCCACCCCAUUAAGACGGGGAAAAAAAUAGAUCGUGGAUUCCAAUUUCCAGAGGUGAUGUGAGCCGGACCCAAAGCGAGACCGGGGUGGAAUCCGCAGAGGAGCUGUCCGUCCGUCGUGGUGCUGAUGCGGCUGUAAGGCGAGCAUGGCUGCUGGGAAGUUGCUGCUCUACGCCGGGCUCGCUCUGUCUCUCUGCGCCCUGGGCAUGCUGGCCGUGGCGAUGUGCUCCGACCACUGGUACGAGACCGACGCCAGGCGCUACAAGGAGCGCUGCCAGAGCUUCUCGAGCCGCCGCAAGGACCCGGGCUUCAUCUACAUCCCUAACAACAGCCUGCCGCUGCGGGCCGGCCGGAGCGCCGCGACCCGCUGGGAGGAGAAGCUGCUGUUGGCCCGCAACCGACGGCAGCUGUUUGCCAUGAGCGCCGCGGACGAGUGCAACAGGCAGUACAACUCCACCAAUAUGGGGCUGUGGAGGAAAUGCCACCGGCUGGGCUUCGAUCAGGGAAUCGAAGAUCUCAUCCGUAAAGGUUCCAUCACAAGAUGCUCCUACAUCAAGUACCACUAUUCCUCGGGCACAAUACCCAAAAACCUCUCCUACAACAUCACCAAGACAAUAAGGCAGGAUGAGUGGCACUCACUGCAUUUGCGGCGAAUGACGGCAGGCUUCAUGGGCAUGGCGGUGGCCAUCAUCUUCUUCGGCUGGAUCAUCGGCGUGCUCGGUUGCUGCUGGGAUCGAGGACUCAUGCAGUACGUGGCUGGCCUGCUGUUCCUGAUGGGAGGCACCUUCUGCAUCAUCUCCCUGUGCACCUGCGUCGCCGGCAUCAACUUUGAGCUGUCGCGCUACCCGCGCUACCUGUACGGCCUGCCCGACGACAUCGGCCACGGCUACGGCUGGUCUAUGUUCUGCGCCUGGGGGGGUCUGGGCCUGACCCUCAUCGCUGGUUUCUUCUGCACAUUGGCGCCAUCCGUGCAGCCCAUACCGAGGUCCACCUGCCCCAAAUCCCGACAAGAGAACGGCACCGUGUGCUAAAGCCGAAAAGCUCCUCCCACCCCCCCGACACGGGGAAAAAAAAUGAAAAAUAAAAUCACCAUUUGUCCAUCCGUCGACCGAUCAUCGCCGCUCUCUCCUGGUUACCGAUUGUUUUGGAAGGUUUGUUUUUUUUUCUGUGUUUAAAAAAUGGGUGUUUGAAGAUCUGCUAUAUUGCAACAAAAAAAAUAGAGAGUUUAAAAAAAACUGAAAUAUUAUCAAAAAUCUGUACGUGUUUAAUUGUUGUGGAGCUGGUUUGAAAAGGACAUCAAAGAAGAGGCUAAAUUCUUUCGCUGAGCUGCGGCGAAGGAGGGCGUCCCUUCGAAAAAAAAAAUCGAACAAAGCCAUGACUUUGACGCUCCUUCCGGAUUUGACCUCUUGGGGAUCUUUUGAGGACAGAAUCAACAAAACUGCCGGUACUCCAACUGCCGAAGGAUUUACGGACCGGCGCCGUUGUAUUAUACUGUACAGAAUAUUCCAGAGACAACCAGGAAGUGUCAUUCCAUCCCCACGUCAGGCGUAUAUGACGAUGCCAUAGCCACCAUUUUAUACAUCAAUUUCCUUUUUUUUUUUUUUUUUUUUUUCACAAAGCUAUUCGCAUUGUGAAACCAACUGAGCAAAUGUGAGUUUUGUUCCCGUUCUAGUCAUGAGAAGUACAAAGUCACUAUGAAGUGCGUUUGUGUGUGUGUGUGGUGUGGGGUGGGGGUGGGGUUGCGGACAAGUCGUCAUGGGGGGAAAAAAAUAUGUUAAAAAAAAUUAUCACAAGGCAACACGCAGCCCUGCAAUUUUGUUACGAGUUUUGAUGAUGGGGAGAUGCGGUAUCUUGUUUCAUCCGAUUGAUUCCAGCCACGAUUUAAAUGUUGAAGCGGUUCGGCGUGGAGUAGAAAUGAUGCGAAAAUCGGAGUUCACAAACCAGGGGAAAUUUUCCCCGGGCUUGGAAAAGUGGGAAUAUCAAAGCACAACAGGUAAUAUUUUGCUGUAUGGAUGUUUAAAAAGCCACCAAAAAAAAAACACAAAGGCCCUAUUGAAUCAUUGGAACCAUACGCAUACGGCUAGCAUUUUAGCAUUAGCAUUUUGGUUCAAUCAUUUUUUCCAAACAACACAAGGACUUUGCCUAACUGACCUUUUUUUUAAUGUAUUUAACUGACUGUUAAAAAAAAUAAUUUCUCAAAACUGUCAGAAAUGUAUGAUAUCAACGAUGGAUGAAAAUUUCGCUUUUUCAGUGAGCGCCAUCGUCCUAACAAUGUUUGUAAGGCGCUUGGGCCUUACUCAAAUCUCACUCAUGGUGCGCUUGCGAGUAAAAUUCCACUUCAAAAGCAUCACCGGGCCGAUCUUAGAUGGUCAUAAUGUCGACAAUGAAUUUCGAGUUCCGCUGUCGAUGGGUAACUUGUACCUUUUUUUGCUAGGCUAAUGUCGUGUACAUUAUAUGGAGCAUGACGCACACGUUUGGCUAGAGCCAAGUGGAAUUUCUCCACGGCAACAUAAUUUUGAAACGAAAGUCGACCCCCCCCCCCCCCCAAAAAAAAAAUAAAACGCCAGAGUGAUGAGACUUUACUUUUGGGGCGGGGGUGUAGGCGGGGGGGGGGGGGGGGGGAUAUGCUCUUGGACGCAGGCCGGGAGGCAAUUGAGCAUGAAAUUACUUCAACCCCGACACGGACAUCACGCGGCACGCCGCAGCUGAAUAUUUUCAUCGACGGUGAAAGGGAUGCGAGGACGAAAUUCGAGUGGAUCGAUCGAUAGAUCGAUAGAUAGAUCGAAAGAUUUUUUAAAAAUCUCAUAAAUAAACAAGCACAAAGUUAAGGCCUUAUCAAUACGUUGUAUCGACAGUAUGACGCAGGGAAACGUGAGGGGAAUAGAUAUCAACACAAAACUGUUAAAAUGCCCCCCCCUCAAAAAAAAAAAUUGUUGCUGAUUGACAUGAGUCAUAUCUGAGAAGCACAUCAUCAUGGCAGUUUUGUUGCGCAAUGGACGGCCAGGAAAAAUCCAAUUUGACGUACCUGAAAGUCUCGUGACUUUUUUUUUUUUACUUUAAUUUUUUAAUUUUUAUUUUUUAAGACAGUGAUAUUGCAACGAGCAUUCUGAACUGAAUCAAACAUGAUCUGUCGACCUUUAACAUCAGUAACGUUGUCUGUCGAGUGAACAUCAAAUAAGAUUGAGGAAAAGAAAAAACAAAACAAAACAAAGAAAAAGAGGAAAUAUUCAACUGUGGAAUGUAAAAUCACAACAGAAUAAAUCUCAUCGGUGUGUUUACUAA